UUUCCUGUAUAGAAAACGGCGUCGUUAAGCAAAACCCUAAACCCUGCCUUAUUGAACAUUGAUUCAGUUUCUUUCUCCUGAGUUCUGAGAGAGACCCAUUAUUCCCAAACCAAUUUACUAUUCAAACUCACUCAUUCUGUGUGUGUGUGUGUGUGUGAAAUUUCAAAAGUAUGAGGAAACUGAAGUAUCACGAGAAGAAGCUGUUGAAGAAGGUGAAUUUUUUGGAAUGGAAGAAAGAAGAUGGGCACAGAGAAGCCUUUGUAAUGCAAAGGUACCAUGCUACUCACCGCGACGAUUACAAGAGGUAUUCGGGUUUGUGCCGUAUGGUGCAGAAGCUAGUCAACGUUUUGAUGAAGAUGGACCACAAUGACCCUUCUCGGAUUCAACUCACUGAUUUACUACUCGAAAAGCUGUACAACAUUGGUGUACUACCAUCCAAGCACAACGCUGAUGUUCUAAAAGUGUGUGAACGUAUAACAGUGUCAUCUUUCUUUAGGCGUAGGCUCUCAACUGUUUUGGUGCGAAUGAAGUUUUGUGAGCACUUGAAAGAAGCUAUCACAUACAUUGAGCAAGGACAUGUUCGAGUGGGUCCAGAGACGGUUACUGACCCAGCAUUCCUUGUAACUAGGAACAUGGAAGACUUCAUUACAUGGGUAGAUUCAUCCAAGAUAAAGAGAAAGGUGCAGGAGUACAAUGAUCAGUUGGACGACUAUGAUGCAAUGACCUGAGUGUAGCACUGGAUUUUGUGUAAGUUGGUAGUGAUCUUUGAACAAUGCGAUUUUUCAUUUGAAAAAUUUUCCUGUCUUCAUGACUUCUGAUUAUGAUGUAUAGAAGAAUUUGGUUACUGGAGAUAGUGAUCAUAUAUCAGAUUUUGCAAAGAUACUUGAUGGUCAUAGAUAUUAAUUAAUGCAUACAGUUGCGAUAUAUGUAAAAUGCAAUCAGCAUAACAAUGUUCUUUUUCCUCAAUGUAUCUUCUCUAUUACAGAUA